CAAACCGCCCACAAAGCAGGUCUGUCAGGGCUUCCUUAUGCAAUCAGUUGACUCAGCCGUUGCAGCCCAGAGAAAGUGAAAGGACUGUUGAAUUUCCCAUAUUCAAAGAUCAAUGAGCCACAGGCCAUCUGGUGUCACAAAGUAUUCCCAGCCUAAUGAACAAGUGAGAGAGGAGGGACUGCGAGAAGGAAACCGCAAUGGGAGCAACUCAUCCUGUUCCCUCGAGGAGUUACGCCGUUGUCAAGCUCUGGUAUGCCAGCUGGAGAAGAGCGUUCACUGGUGGGCAGACUGCACAGCCAAGUGGCGGGAAAAGUGGUGCCAUGCCAAUGCUGAGAAAUCGAAGGUUGUACAUGAAAAGAGAUUGCUUAAGCAGAGGGUCGAUCAGCUGACCAAAGAGCUGGAGCAACUGCGAUCUGAGUCUGUCCUGAAGAAAGAAGGUGGACAGCAAGAAGAUCUUGUGCAUGAAGUGAAACAAAAUAGAGAUGAGAAUGAAAGGCGAAGGCCAAAUGAAAUUUGCAUGGAAAAUAUGAGGGAAAUGGGGAGGAAAGAAGAAAGCAUUGAAAAUGUGAGUUGGGAGCCAGACGGCUCAAAGGACUGGGUAGUAAAUAACAGAGAAAAGGAAAAUAGGGGCAACAGUUUAAGGCUGGGUGUUCAAGAGACAGAUUGUAGAAGUGAAAGUGAAAGAAUGGGAAAUGAAGUGGAGCUCAAGCUUAUCAGGGUAUCAGAAGACAAGGCUAAUUUAUGGGUAAAGGAAAGGCUGCAAAUGACUGACCACCAAGAACAGGAUCUGUCAAGAGAAUGGAAAAAUAAAACAAAAUGUCAAGAACCAGAGAUAAUGGAAAAGGCACUCAUUGAGGAAACUCAUAGGCUUUGGAAUGCAGACCCUAAAAUAACAGUGAUGGAAAACGGAUCAGAGUCUGACUCUAAGCUGACGACAGAAGACACUGGAAUCAACUUUCCUGAAAGGCAUAUUAGUACAGAAAGGGUGGAAGAACUUGAAAGUUUACUUCAAGAUACCAUGAGAGCAUUGUUAAAGGAAAAAGAGCAAUGCAGUGCCCAGAGAAAGUACAUAGCCAGCCUUCAAUCUGAAGUGAGAAAGUGGGCAGCGAGAUUCCAAGGUCUUCAGAACACCCUUACAGUUCCCAGCAAAGAGAUGACCGAGUCAGGACUAGAAAAAGGGGAAACCGAAUUUCAAGAAGAAGGCAACGCUGUUUCCACCGCAUCACCAUUAUGGAACAACUGACCAUCAAGUGAAGCUUGAGAGUAUCCAUUAACUUCAAUAUAAAUCUUGAGGACAACAUCCAUGCCUUCAUUUCUCACAUUUUGUCAUUAACAGGUGCCCGUAAUUAAAUGUUAUAAAUUAUUGCUU